CCUUGUUCCUGUAUGUGUUUAAAGCGUUGUCUAACAAAGUUUUGACAUUUCAGGGUUGUUUGUUAAUGAGUGUCUAGGUUUUCUUUGUCUGAUUUCUCAAUUUGAGGAAAGAGCUGUUUCAUGUUAGGCUGGUUUUUGAUCGUAUUGUAGCGGUCUUUGCUGUGACCCUGAACCUGCUAUCCAUGAGCACUGCAUCCUCAGGUCGGAAGACCCCAGUGGACUACGGUGUCCAGAUCCGCUUCAUCAAUGACCUCCAAGACGCUGGUGGGGGGCAGCCAGGGCCCCAGCCCAGGACCAAGACCAAGACCCAGAACACCUCCAAAUACGGCGUGGCCGUCAGGGUGCAGGGUAUUGCUGGCCAGCCAUAUGUGGUCCUGAAGGACGGAGAGAAAGGAGACUCUUAUGGGGUCCAGCUCAAGACCCAGUACCCCUCUGGUUACAAUAGCCUUCCCCGCAGAAGAGAUAAGGCAGAGCCAGGAACACAGGGGGCAGAUAUAGAUGGAGGAGCAGGGCAGGGUGGGGCACUACGCAGGGCCCAGUCCCAUGGGUCACUGCUGGACAGGGACGGAGAGGGAGGGGAGGGCAACGAGGAUUUUCAGCUGUCUAGGCCACCAGGGGACGGGAAGUCUGGGAGUUAUGGGAAUCUGGAUGGAGGACUUGGCGUAAGGGGAGAGAGAGAGCAGGUUCGCCAUGCCGGUAGUAGAGAGGGGAGCAUGGGAAAGAAUAUACGGGACGGUACGUACAGAGCAGGGCUCAACGGGUCACUGGGGUCAGUUAGAAACAGUCAGUCCAACCCUGACCCGCCUCAACAAACAAAUCAGAGACUUACUCCCAUCAACAGACUAAUAAACAGGUUUGAUGAUGGUCACACUGGAGGCCAACAGAGAGGACUCCCUGCUGAACAACAAGAUCCCAGAGCUACAUCUCCUCUCAGCAACCCCAACCCCUACACCUCACCUCCGUCCUCCACUCACAGCAGCCUUGGACGCAGCCAGGCCGCUGUCAACAAAUACCCCGGAUACUCUGCUAACCAGUGGACAUCACCGGGGAAAUAUACCGAUGCAGAGACACCACAGGCCGGUCCGACUGAGCCACAAGUGACUCCUGACCUUUUGCUGGACCAGGGUCAGAGUGCAGACACGGCCAGUGAGGAGGAGCAGGUCAUGCAGACUCUGUUCAACAUCCUGAGACAAGGGACGAAUGAGAGCGAUGUUAUCAUCAAGCACAAAGUCAAGGUUCUCUUUAAGAAGAUUCAGAAUCUAAAGCCCAACGAAAGAGCUCCGGAAGAGUGGAUGAGAGAAAAGAGGGAGCUUGAAAGAAGGAUGGCUGAACUGCAAACUACCCUGCAAGUGGAAAGAAGGGACUCUGUUAGCAAUUCUGAUCCUGUUCUGAAAGCUGAGCUGGAGUCCUGUCUGGAUGAAAAUCUGCAGCUCCGGGAGAUGCUGGACCGGAAGAAGAUAGAAUUAAAUGAAACACAAUCAGAGCUGACUCAGCUGCGUAUGGACAGGGAGAACGCAGAGGCACGGGUCAGAGAAAUGGAGGACCAUCUGGCUGAGCUUCAGGAUGAACUGAGAAGGGAGAACGGCAACAAGACGGACCUGAUGUCUUCUCAGGCACAGUUGAUGGAGGUGUGCCAGCUGAAACAGAAGCUGGAGGAGACGCUAAGGCAGAGGGAGAGGGAGCUAACUGCUCUCAAGGGAGCUCUGAAGGAAGAGGUGGCCACACAUGACAAAGAGAUCGAGGUGCUCCGAGAGCAGUACAGCGUUGACAUGGAGAAGCUCCGCAGCAGCAUGGAGCAGGUGUCUCAGUCUCAAGUAGGGAUCGAGGCAGAGCGGUUGCGUGUGAAUGCGUCAGUCCGCUCCCUUCAGCAGCAGUUGGAAGACUGUAGAGACGAGAGCAGCCACUGGAUGGAGCAGUUUCACUCCACCAAAAAUGAACUUCGAACAACCAAGCAAGAACUCCUGCAAGCCCGGCUGGAAAAAGAGGAGUUUGAGGAGGAAGUAAAGGAGCUCCAGGAUAAAGUGAGCACCAUGAAACGACAGAUACCGGACCCUGACCACACACAGACUCUCAACCAGGAACUUCAGCGAUACAAUACUGAUCUACAGAAGGCCAAGUCUGAGGUGGAGAAGCACAGGAUGGAGUUUGACAAGAAGGUCAUGGAGGUUAUCUCCAUUAAAAAAACUCACCAGAACCAGGAGGCAGAAAUGAAGUAUGAGAUUGACAGGCUAAAGGACCAAUUACAGAGGGCCAGGGAGGAUAUUGCCAAGGCACAGGGCAAAAACAAACAGCUCCCAGACCCAGCCAUCAUCUCAGAGCUGGAGCAGAAGCUUGGUGAGACACGUGGUGAAGCUGGCCAGCUCAAAGUGAAACUCUCAUUGGCUGAGGAGGAAGUGGUGGCUAAUAAAACACUUCUGAAUAGAGCUCAGAUGGACGUUGAAUCACUCAAAGAUGCCCAGCAGGAACAGGAGGAGGCCAACACACGCCUCAGAGAAAAACUCUCACGGUUGGAGGCUCAGCUGCAGAACAAAGCAACUGAGAGUUCAGAGGCAGAGAUUGCCCUCCACACUGAGGUGAGAGGGUUGAGAUUGGAGCUAGAUGAGGCCAAGAGGAAAGCUUCUAGACUGACUCAGGAGCACCGGGAACUUGUCCUGCGUGUGGAGGACACGGAGAAAGAGAAGGAGACACUCAAACAGACCUUCAACCAGCUGGAAGAGACCAAACAACAGCAGGAAAGAGCUCUGGAGAAACUCAACAAAGAGUAUGAGUCUCUCACCGUGUCCUCAAGAGAGGAGGUGCAGACUCUCAAGGUUCAGCUGGAGGAGCAGAGAGACAGGGCACGCAAGGAAAUGCAGGAGGCACAACGCCACGGAAAUGACUCUCAGAGUGAACUGGAGAAAAGUUAUAUAAAUCUAAGGAGACUGGAGGAAGAGAUAUCACGACAGAAGAAGGAGAUUUUGCUUAUAUGUGAGGAGCGAGACAACCACCAGCUGGAUAAAGAGCUUCUGUCCAACAGGCUGCGCCACCUUGAGGGAGAGAUGGAGGCCAUCAAAAACGGCCAGAAUGAUAAAACCCGGGAGAUGCGCAUCCUGGAGGACAAGCUGAAGCGUAUGGAGUUGGAGCUGGAGGAGGAGAAAAGCAGCGUGGAGAUGCUGACAGACCGAGUGGCCAGGAGCAGAGACCAGAUUGAUCAGCUCCGCUCUGACCUCAUGCAGGAGAGAUCCUCCAAACAGGACCUGGAGCUGGACAAGAACUCCAUGGAGAGACACCUGAAGGAGCUGAGGGGCCGUGUGGCCGACAUGGAGGGCCAAUCUCGCUCCUCAGCAGGACUCUCCCAGCUGGAGAACAAGCUCCAGGAGCUGGAAGAACGCCUACUGAGUGAGGAAAGGGAGAAGAACUCAGUGUUGGCGUCUCAACGACGUCUGGAGAGGAAACUAAAAGAUCUCAACAUGACGCUGGAUGAAGAGAAAGAAACACACACUGAACAGAGGGACCAGCUUACUCUGAGAGUGAAAGCCCUGAAGAGGCAGGUGGACGAAGGAGAGACGGAGCUGGAAAGGAUAGAUGGCCUGAGGAGGAAGGCCCAGAGAGACAUGGAGGAACAGAUGGAGCUCAAAGACGCCUUGCAGACCAGAGUCACAGCACUGGAAACUGAGCUCAAGAGAAAAACCCAGCUAGCAAUGCGCCCAGCUUUGGAUUCAUCAGCUCUCAGUUCAGAUGACGACGACAGCCUGUUCGAUCCCUCCACCAUCACCUCCAUCCUCACUGAGAGCAACCUCCAGACCAGCUCCUGUUAGAACAGCACUUCAGGGACAGGGUGAGGGUCGGAAAAACGUAGCACUGUAAAGGAAAAAACAUGGAUGGUCGUGUGGCUUUUAGACUGGGAGUAAAGCCAAAAAGCACAACGGUAUAAAAUAAAGGCAGUGAGGGAGGGGUGCACGGAUCUGGGAUUUAAAUUACAUAUUGUAGAGUUUAGCAGAGUUUAGCAGGGGAGUAAUGUUCCACACCAGUUUGAAUGGAAGGAAACAAAACAUCCUAUGCAUUUCAGGGUAUUUCUUUCAGUCUACAACGUACACAGAUUCACUCCACCGUGCAGUUGAAAGGGUUCAAACAUCCCAAAAUUCACUACACACAAACACGACAGUAACUGGACUGCAAGAAGAGAAAUGAGGCUUGAAGCACAGAAAAAUAUUAAUGAAAAAUACCUCUUGCAUUUUUUGCUACAAAUUCAGUAUGUCAAACCAUUUCCUGGUUGGGAUUCUGGGUCGAGCACUUAUGGUACCAAGUCUGACUUUGUCUGAACGAUCAAAAAUACUCUCAUCAUCCAUCAGUGUUUACAGUUUACCUGUAACUUUAGUUUUCUCUGUAGCAUCAAAUGACUAAGCUCACAAAUUCUGUACAUACACAAACAUUAGGUAGAGCUACUGACAAACAUGGACCAAACACUAACAUUGUGUGCAUUCAUGAUUCACACAAACUAUAAGCAAUAUUACUCUAUGAUAAUUAUGCUGUUUUUUGGUUAUAAAAUAAAAUGUAAGUACUGCAAAUCAUUCGUAUUGAAUGAAAUUUGGAGUUUGUUUACGUAAAACACAUUAUAUUUUCACAUUGUUUUGGAAUAUGUCACGUAGAUUUUAUUGUCACAUGGAACACAGUCUCGGAAUUCAGAAUAAUAAAAUAUGACACUAAUAGCACAAUAUUAAUUACUAUAAAUGUGAUAGAAACCUCAUGUUUGUGUGAAGGUUUUGAUUCAUUUUGUCUUUAUUCACUGUAUCUGAAACAGUUUCCUGGUAAAGGUGCCACAGACCUUUGUAUUGUGGGUUGUUUUGAGGACAGAAGUGUCCUUUGUCAGAAUAUCACAUACUUUACAAAAGUGGUUUUCCCCUUUAGGCCAAAAUAUCAUCCUGUCCAAUAAAAUCUUUAUGUAUGUAUUUGUAGAAGUUGCACAAUUUCUAUGCAUUCCCUUAUAGCAAGUCACUGAAAUAUAUGCCUUAAAAUAAUUGUUAAAAAAGAAUUUAGUAAUUCUUAUCUAAAUGAUUUUUGUAAAAUGUAAUAUUAUAUAUUUUUUUGAGUCUUGAGUUUUGUAUACAGUUUGAACAAUCAGUUGGAGCGAUAAUAACUGUAUUACAUUUGUCGAAAAUGUAUGUUUCUUCCUAUAUUGAAAGUUGUGUAACUGGAAAUGGUACUUAAUAUGAUUUGUUAGAAUGAGUAUGAAGCUGUUGAAUUUGAAAAUGCUGAAAUGUACUAUAUUUGUUGACUGGAUGAAUUCACCCUGUGACUGUACUUCACAAAAUAGAUAAUGUUCAUAUUGCACACGAAUUUAGCUACAAUAAAGUAAAACCA